UCAGUGCGUCUUUGCGCAUGCGCUUCGCUUUGUGAAUGGUCAUCGCAGUCUGAUCAUCUGUACUGUGUCCGCAGUCUCUGCUCAUCUCCUGUAAAAAAGGCUGUGUCCGCAGUCUCUGGUCAUCCCCUGUACUGUGUCCGCAGUCUCUGGUCAUCCCCUGUACUGUGUCCGCAGUCUCUGGUCAUCCCCUGUACUGUGUCCGCAGUCUCUGGUCAUCUCCUGUACUGUGUCCGCAGUCUCUGGUCAUCUCCUGUACUGUGUACGCAGUCUCUGGUCAUCUCCUGUCACUCCUGUACUGUGUACGCAGUCUCUGGUCAUCUCCUGUACUGUGUCCGCAGUCUCUGGUCAUCUCCUGUACUGUGUCCUCAGUCUCUGGUCAUCUCCUGUACUGUGUCCGCAGUCUCUGGCCAUCUCCUGUACUGUGUCCGCAGUCUCUGGCCGUAUCCUGUACUAUGUCCGCAGUCUCUGGCCGUAUCCUGUACUAUGUCCGCAGUCUCUGGCCGUCUCCUGUACUAUGUCCGCAGUCUCUGGCCGUCUCCUGUACUAUGUCCGCAGUCUCUGGCCAUCUCCUGUACUAAUGUCCGCAGUCUCUGGCCAUCUCCUGUACUAUGUCCGCGCAGUCUCUGGCCAUCUCCU